AUGGUGACGGAUCGUUCUUACACUCCUUUUGAAUAUGGCUAUUUAAUUUUGAAGUACAGACAUCCCGGAAGUGUUAAAAAAUUUGGAACCGAUUUUGCGGCUGGUGCUGCUGCUGCGUGCAUUUCUAAGACAAUUAUGGCCCCUAUUGAGAGGGUCAAAUUAAUUUUGCAGUUACAAACAUCCCAACACACAAUUCAAAUAAGCAAGCGUUACAAAGGAAUGAUUGAUUGCCUAAUUCGCUUGCCCAAAGAACAAGGAUUUUUAUCAUUUUGGCGUGGUAAUGUAUCAAAUAUGGCAAGAGCAGCAAGUCAGGAAUCGGUUGGUAUUGCUUUUAAAGAAAUGCUAAGAAAAAUUUUGGUAAAUGAUGAACAUCGAACAACUGAUUAUAAGAAGUUUCUGGGAGCCAAUAUGCUCGCUGGAGGUUUAGCCGGAAUGGGAACAUUUUUCUUCAUUUAUCCACUCGAUUUUUCUCGUACAAGGUUGGCCGUUGAUAUCGGGAAGGAUAAAGCUUCAAGGGAAUUUCGUGGUUUAGUUGAUUGUUUUAUUAAAAUUGCAAAAAAGGAUGGAUUGGAAGGACUUUAUAGAGGCUUUCGGUCUUCAAUGGUUUACAUUUUCUUGUAUCGUUCUUCAUAUUAUGGAAUAUUUGAUUCUUUAAAAGUUUUUGCAUCAAAAUCUGGUUCUAGUUCUGGUAAAGAUGUGCAUUUUUUUGCAGCUUUUGCUUUUGGACAGGUCUCCGCACUUGUUGCCGCCUUAGUUUCAUAUCCAUUGGAUACAGUUAGACGACGAUUAAUGAUGCAGUCUGGAAGGGAUAAACAUGAAUAUACAGGGGCUACGGAUUGUAUUAAGCAAAUUUAUCAAAAAGAAGGUGGUCGUGCAUUUUUUAGCGGGUUCUUUGUUAAUGCUAUUCGUAGUUUUGGCGCAGCUUUAGUUUUGGCUAUUUAUAAUGAGCUGAAUAAACAUUUGUCUUGA